AUGUCCGACUCUUUACUUUUCCUUCCGUACCCCGAUGCCGAACUCGAACCUGCAAACCUUCGAGAACACCAUCGUACCGUUCGGGACUCACAGCCCGCCCUCGGAGUCCUGCUGGCCAUGCAACUUUCUCCGUCCUUUUCGAGGAGCGAACCUACUAGCGUGUCCAUUGAAGAGGACCUCCCUCCUGGCUUUAAGGUCAAGGGCACUCAAGCCACGCGGAAGCACGCACGAAAAGAGAGCCGAGUCAAGCAGAUGAUCGACGAUACCCCGUUGAAGGCCGUGUGCCCCUUCAUUCCGACUACUCGUGAGGAGGUUGAUUUCUUGGGAGAGACUCUGUUGAUUGAACAGAAGAAAAUCCUCGAGUACUUCUUGGAUAUAUUCCGUCGUCCAAACCUCAUCCCCGUGUUCAAGAAUGUGUUUCUACCGCGUCUGAAUGCGGUAGCCGCAUCCUCAGAAAUGUCGGAUGAGACGGAGGCGUCUGAGUUCCCUUCAAUCUCAGAGGAAGCACUGCCCGCAGAGCCCUCUUCUGCAUUCCCCAUGGUGCAGCCUAUGAAAGCAGCACUUUACUUCGACAGUGCUGAUGGCUUUGGAGAGUGGCGAAUUCUGAUCUCAACGCGAGCUGAUAGGAACCUGCGGGAGGCUAGAAACAAAGACGCCAAUUCUUUCAGGAUCUACCUGAAGAAGAUCAAGGAGCUUUCGAACGGUCAUUUCUCAGAUGAUAACCAGAAACGCUUGACAGGAGUCAACAUUCCGGUACCCAUCUAUGAAGCAAAGAUGACGCGUGAUUCUCGCUUGGUGUACCAAAUCGACUGCAUCCCUGAGUUCGAUGGUAGCCAUGUUGAACAUCAAGUAAUUCGAGUAUUCGGGAUAUACACCCAUGCUCAACUCGACAAGCGUUUCUGGGACUCUAUGGGUUUCCAGCUCGCUAGACGAGGGAAGGAGUACAGAGAUCGCUGUACGUUUCGCCAAGACCCUUACCACAAGGGAGACAAUGUCUACCCGCCAGCUUCAUUCCCUCCGACCCCGAUUAUGGAUCUUGAGGAGACCGCUAGCGAUGCUGCUGACAUGCGGAACGAGGACUUGGAAGAGCUCCAUGCCUUACUUGUCCUCGAGAAGUUCGUGACGUUCUCGCAGGCCCUCCUCAGUAGCAUUAUCGCGGAUCAGGAUGCUUCCCACGUGUUCCACGUCUCACCCCAGGAGCAGGAGAUCAUCGAGCACAGUUACUCCUGCUACGUCCAAGGUCGUAGCGGUACCGGCAAAACCACGACCAUGCUCUUCAAGAUGCUCGGCAUCGAAAACUCCUGGCAACAAUCGACCCCCGAAUCCUCUGGCCUCGCUCGCCCACGCCAACUCUUCGUGACUCAGUCCCGCGUCCUUGCUGACAGAGUCGAAGAUUACUUCACGAAACUUCUGGAAUCGUUGGCAAUGGAGUCGCGCACGACGGCCGAUAUAUCAAAGCUCUUGGAGAGGAAGAAAAAUAGGGAGGAGGCAGGUCUGGUGGAUCGGGAGGAGGCUGUACAGUGGAGGGAGGAUUUACCGAGGCAUUUCAAGGACCUGAACGACGGUCAUUUCCCUAUGUUCAUCACUUUUGACAAGUUGUCGAGCAUGCUGGAAGCCGAGAAGGAGGACGGCGGCAAGAGGCAAAACAGCCUGAACGUGACGGAUGCUCUGAGCAGCCCCACAGUUGAAUUGUUCCUCCGAAAUGGUCUUUAUGGAACACUAUUGGCCGCAUCUUCCACAACCACUGACCAAGGGGUUAGCGAGUUCAUGGGUGUGAUCAAAGGUUCAGAACAGACUCUCAAGACUGAGGGUCACAUCCUGGACCGCGCUACUUACAUGACCCUCAGUCAUCGAACUCAAUCGACGUUCUCCUCGAAGCGUGAGGAGAUCUACAACCUCUUCCAAGCUUACUUGCGCAUGAAGCGGAAGAGGGGAGAGUAUGAUGCCGCUGAUCGCACACAUGCUAUACUAGACGAACUGAGUAACGGAACGCCUGGACAAAAGCUGGAUUUCCUCUACGUUGACGAAGUUCAAGACAACCUUUUGAUCGACAGCAAAUUACUCAGACUUCUAUGCCGCAAUCCUGACGGCUUGUUCUGGGCGGGGGACACUGCUCAAACCAUCUCCGUCGGUAGCUCGUUCCGUUUCGACGAUCUCAAGAGUUUCCUCCACAGAAUUGAGGAGGCCCUUAAAUCCCGUGACAUCCAAAAAAGAGCCUCACAGGAACCCAAAUCCUUCCAUUUGCUAACAAACUACCGGUCUCAUGGCGGGAUCGUCAAAUGCGCUCAUUCCGUCGUGCAGUUGAUCACAAAUUUUUGGCCGUACUCAAUCGAUGCGCUUGCGGAAGAGAAGGGUAUUGUCGACGGGAUUCAGCCUGUCUUCUUCAGUGGCUGGGACCAAGACAACGUGCGAUACGAGUCCUUUCUGUUUGGCUCUGCUGGGAGCCACAUCGAGUUCGGUGCCCAGCAAUGCAUUCUCGUGCGCAAUGACGCCGCUCGGGACAAGCUUCGCGAGCAAGUGGGAGAUAUUGGUCUCAUCAUGACCCUCUAUGAGAGCAAAGGAUUAGAGUUCAAUGAUGUCUUGCUGUACAACUUCUUCGAAGACUCAACGGUCGAUAUCUCUCAGUGGCGCGUCGUACUUAACGCUGUGGCCCAGGCGCACCGUAACACGAUUCAAGCACCGUCAUUCGAUGACACCAAGCAUGCUGGAGUGUGCAGUGAGUUGAAGUUCCUAUACGUAGCGAUCACACGAGCACGAAAGAAUCUCUGGAUCGUCGAUCGCUCUGAACGCGGGGAGUCAAUGCGAAUGUACUGGACUGCCAAAAACCUAGUCCAGAACUGCAAUCCCGAAACUGACAUGCCGCACCUCGCCGCCACUUCGACACCGGAGGAAUGGAGCGAAAUGGCCGUUAAGCUCUUCGAGAACAAGCGAUAUUUCCAAGCGAUGCAUUGUUUCGAGCGUGCCGACAAGAAAAGGGAGACUCGGGUGGCGUACGCCUACUAUCUUCGUGAACAAGCUCGUGGUAUGCGCUCCGAUACCCGCACGACCCACAAGGCGUAUAACGAGGCUUACAUCGCCACUGCGCAAGCAUUCAUGCGUUGUGGCCAUGAAGCUGUCAAAGAACGAAGUGAAUACUUCCGCAUCGCCGGCAAGUCCUAUCUGACCGUCGAGGAUAUUCCGAAGGCGGCGGAGGCAUAUGUCCUGUCGGGAGAUUUUACGCAGGGUGCUUUGCUCUAUCGAAAGGCGGGAAUGUUCGAGCAGGCCGUUACCUUGCUGCGAGGUCACAAAAAAGAGGUGGAUACCGCUGUGGCGGAGCGUAUCAUGAAUGUCUCCCGGUUGCACUACUUCAACAAGAACAACUUCAAGGGCGCACCGACCGGUCUCUUUGAGAGCGUGGAAGAAAAGCUUGAGUUCCUGGAAGACUAUGACCUCGACAUCGCCCGCGCCGAUGUUCUUCUGGAGGCUGGGAAGUAUGAAGAAGCCGCUAAUAUCUAUCUCGAGGAGGGCCGUACCUUCGAUGCCAUUCGAGCGUUCAUUAAAGACGAUGGUCCAGAUCUGAGCUUAAGGCGGCGAGCAAAGGAUUGUGCGAUGGACGAACUCCGGAGAUGCUUAUCGUUCGGUAUUCGGCCGGAGGAGGAAUCCGAAGAAAUGCGAACGACGAUGUCCGAUCUAUUCAGGCUCGUCAGCCAAGUCAACAAUGUUGUCGCAAGGCACGAGCGUCCAGAGCUCAUGGUACUCCACUCCAUUGAGGACGGACAUACGGAUCAGCUCAAGCGACUGGGCCUGCAUCUCUUCAAGGAGAAAGACUGCCGGAAUUCGACGGCCUUGCUGGCCUUGGACCGGUACUUCGACGAUCUCGGAACAAUGGAGAUGAAAACGAAGCUCCAGAUCAAGGAUAUAUUGCACGUCCUGCACGUCUACGCAGGGCUCAUUCAAAAUAUCAUGGCCACGACUGCCCCAGCUCAGGACAAGGACCUCCAACUUCUAUUCGCCUUCAAACUCAUUUCCGCCGAACAAAUCGCUCUUUUGGACCAUACUUGGCUCUACCGUACACACGAACGAUUCGCUGUGGCUACUACCGAGGAGGCCAUACUUUCCCCUCAGAUGUUUACCACAUUGCUGCGCCACGCUCUAGCCGAACGACUGAGAGACAGGCUUUUACUCUGGAGCAAGCGGUUGCUUUCAUCCACUGUCUUCGAUCCUUGCAUAGUACAUGCAUGCACCGGAAAUUGCAAGAUACCGGGCUGUUCACGUCAGCACACCAUUAGCGUAGACAUCUACAAUGAGCGAAUUUCGGUCAUAUUGGACCAAAUCCUCCUACUCCAAGUUGUCUCAAACCUACCUCCUGAUGGUCUGGCGACCGAAGUCAAAAUUCAAUGGCUCGAUCGUCUCUAUGAUGUCCUGAAUCCACCGUCGUACAUGCUGGGAUCCAUAGCCAACCUGAGAGACAAGACCUCCACGGUCUAUCAUCGUGGACUCGUUGUGGUCAGGGAAUGGAUUAGAGAAGCUUUCUAUCUCCUCGAACCCGACGAGUGGGAGGGCUAUUUCCUCACACUAUUCCUGAAGAAUGCCUUCCUUGGAUUCAGCAUUGACAAGGCUCAAAUCAAGACCUACAUCAAUCAAACCCGCUGUGUCACCGUCUACAGACCUCAAAAUCUUCUUCGCACUCUUGGUCGGGAGAAAUAUUAUGUGAUCCAUGAGUUGGUUUCGCUCAUGAGAGCAGAGUCACGUCUAAGUUUGAACCAUGGUGUUCUGUUUAUACGCCAUAUUUUGGGACAGUCAGUGAAGAUUGACGUCGUAGCGCUAUGUCACAUAUUGGAUCGACUAUGUGGAUCUUUCAUCAUCGCGAAAUCGUUCGAGCACCGAAAGGUUGGGUUCCAUGAUAUUAUUUUACCUCGGAGCUGGGUUGCGGAUUUGGUAGACGGAAACGGACUCCUUUUCAAAGAUACGGGCAUGCUGGACCUCUUCGUCCCGAUAUUCCGUAAUCUGUUACAGCAACUGUACACAGGUGGAGACACCUCGGAUUAUCUGCUCUACGAAGGCAAGGGCAUCCAGCACGCUUCGAUGGAAGCGCGACAUGUGUUGAUCGCUCAAUUGUGUCGUAACAUGGCUUUGCUCGGAAACAACCUGGGAGUCAAGAUCCCCGUGAUGAGGAUCCAAAUUCUCCAAAGUCUGAAUGCACUCAGAGCUCCCGACCGUCAGUUUCCCGAGAGUUAUCGAAACUUCGUGCAAGCAGCCAUUUGGUCCAAUGUCUAUCAGGCUCUGCUCACCUCGUCGGCAAAGCUCGAGAUGGAUGAACUAGUCCACUUGGUCUCCAAAGGAAAGAAAUUCAUCAAAAUCCGUGACACUCGGCGGAUCUUCUUCCACACUAUGCCCGAUAUCGUAAGGACCCUUGACGAGGUAAGGAACAAGGCCUCCGCGAUUGCUUUGAACCCGCUCGCACAGAACUUCGUACCCAGCCCAAGCAUCCUCCUAGCGGAAAGGGCGAAAGCAGGUGGUGGGGGUGCAGAUGACGAGGAUGACGACGACGAUGAGGCUGAAGCCGAAGGAGAGGAAGAUUUAGAUGCAGAUGACGAACCCCAGAACUCAGAAUUGGUCGAGAGCCCAACUACCGACAUAAACGCCCUCAUUAAGUCGAACAGUGGUGGAGACGCAGUCACAGUCGCGGACCCUGAGACGAUCAAGCAGCAGAAGGCCGCUGCCGAAGUUAUGUGGUCGUACUAUGAACGCAUCCGUCGUGGCCGACACGCUGAGCUUGCACCAAUCCCAGCAGCACGGCAACGUUUCUUCGGCCAAUGUCUCGAGCGCUCGAAGAUGAUCCAGUGGGCGAAUACCUCUCAUUAUCGCUAUGUCUUCUUGGGACCUUUGCCACAUCUGUUGGCCUGUUUGGAGUGGUCGCAGAAGGAGUUGGUGGUAGAGAAGAAGAAGGUCCAGAAACAGCUUAAGGAUCCGAACGUCAAGCAUCAAGAGUACGACGACGUGAUGGAUCGUCAGCACAAGCUAAAGGAUUUACUUCGGCAGAUAGAAGCUGCGCUCAAGGCUCUUGACCCCACCAACUCGACGUCGUCUAUCCAUGACCGGAAAGAAGUGAACGAACUGAAGAAACACGUCACACAGCUCAACGACGUGCUACAGCAGAUUCCUUCUUCAAAGAACUGUGACGACCUCCAAGAUGAGUUCCAGCUAGCGUGGGCAGGUAUCGUGAAGGAGAGGAAACAACCAGUGGCGAAGAAUGAGAAGCCGACCUUAAACACGGAGGACCUUGAUUGA